AUGCAAUCUUCCACCCGUCCUCUUCCCAAUCCUAAGGGGCUCAAUUGGCUGGUCUCCUCGCACAUAACUGCCUUUGUGCGGAAUCUCAGGCUAUUGCAUCUUGACCAGCUCCCUGACUGGCCGGACAUAACGGUCCGCACUUUUGCAAGUUCCCAACCAAAUCUCCGCCAGCGAGUCAAGGCGGUCGAAUGGUCUUUGUACCAGCUUUUCCUGAUAUGGGAUCCAGAGGAGACUCAGAAUAAAUUGCGUCCCUUUUUCCCUCCACUGGAACCCUUGCAGUCAGUUAACCUCCGGGCUGCCCUUUUUCGUGCCCUUUCCGAUGUCAAGAAAAAUGGCGUUCUCGGAAGGGAAGCCAUCCUCCGCAAAACGAUGCUCGAUGAAUGUAAAGGGAAGAAAUUUGAGGAGGCAUUGUGCAUGUUUUCCACGGCUGUGCUGCAGAAAAAGAGAUUGGCUCAUGCAAGGGCCCACCAAAUUCCAGUGCUUAAGAUGUGCUUCAGUGGGAGGACCUCCCCUCUAGAUCAAGAAAUCUUGGUUCCACUGAUAAUAGCACAUCGUAUCUCACUCACGGCCAUGAUCAACCAUAAAUGCUAUGCGCGAGAGGCCUAUGAACAACUGAAGAAGUUGCUUGACAGCAAGACGGAUGAACUCGCUGUCCGGUCAAAGGAAGUUGCCAACAAAUCAACCACAGAGGAAAAUAGCUAUACUAAUGAUAUCAUGAAUUUAUGGCUUGGAGAUGAGAAAUGGGCAGAUACGAUUCUCAAUGGUGGCUUGCAGGCGCCUUCUGACCACGUUCUUGACUCCUCCUUUUCACAGACAUGGUGCUUGGUAAAGAAUGGUCGAUUAGAUGAGAAAAGCAGUCACCCGUCCUCCUCCGAUCUACUAGCUGAUUUGGAUAAUCGACUUGCAGAACAGAAAGCUAGGGUUGAGAGAUGGCGGAAAUUCAAGCAAACACUGGAGGAAGAAAGACAUGCUGCACAGCCCUUGAAAGGCUCCAUCUCAUCCCAGCCACUAGCUUUUCGUGAUCAUCAAUCGUUAUCUGUUGUUUCACUUGCACAAUCAGAUCGAAAAUCUGUUGAUCAGUCACUUCACGACAAUGAAUACUCUUCAUUAAUUUCGGCGCUGGAUGCUUCUCUUCUCAAGCAUGAAGUCAACAUUUCACGAAAUAAAGAACAGCUACAUUCUGCAGAUUUAGGAAAACAGAGGCUCAAAAAUCUUCAUUCAAAUCGUGAUUAUUCCAUAGACCAAGCCACUUUAACUCUAAUGGCAGACCAACCAACUCCAACUUACAGCUACAUGGAUAAUAUGUCCAUAAUCUCUUCCCUUCCAGCGCAUGGUAGCACCAGAAGCUCCCCACAGUUCGAAAGUGAAGAAGUAAGUGGAGUUGGAACCCCACACUAUGAAUUUUCAUCCGGCCACGGCACCCCCUCAAUCACAAUCGACUAUGAUUGCAACGCAAGCCCCAAAUCCGAGGACGCGGAAUCCCCACAACCUAUCUCCGUCAACCCGACCAGGACCGCUACAAGCACACUCAUCGAGCGCACAAGGAAAUCCAUGACAUUCCUCCCCGCACCCACCGCCCGACCCCGCAAGUCAUUGUCGCACGCGGCAAAGCCUCGAAAAUCCCAAAUCUUCCCCGUGAACCAGUUUGAGACCCCUAGAAAGGACAGAACUGGGAGUUUCCAAGAGCCAGACUCGGGGACGUCGAUACCCAAGGAAGAACUCUUUAGUCAGGAGGCGGAUUAUGCUAGCGUGUUCAAGAGCAGGCCUAGGGUGGCUAUUAGUCCUGUUAACUCGCCGUCGGUUCAUAUGUUGCCGAUGGAAGAUAGUGUCGUUGAUGCGGAUGCGGAUGGUGAACAGGCCAUGGACAUACACGGUGGCAUGGCUGGAUCUGAUUUGCAGAAUUCGCCGUCGUUUGGAGCUCGGUUCACAUCUAGAGUUUAG